CCGGUUCUCUGCUGCACUUUCCUCACGCUGUCAGAUCGUGAGGAAAGUACUGCCGAGAACCUGCAGUGGUCAGAGCAGGGAUCUGCACCGAUCAUCAGGGCACUGAUGAUCAGUGCCCUGAUGAUUGGUGCCCAGCAGUGCCACCCACAAGUUCCGCACACCUGUGCCCAGCAAGCACCCACCUGUGCCCAGCAGUGCACCCACCUGUGCCACUCUGCAGUGCCACCCACCUGUGCCACUCUGCAGUGCCACACACCUGUGCCCAGCAGUGCCACCCACCUGUGCCCAGCAGUGCCACCCACCUGUGCCCAGCAGUGCAGCCAGUCAGUGCCACCA